CACCCAGAAUGUUUGAUAGAUGCCUGGAAUGUAGCUGUUCUCAGAUGUAUUCCUAUUUUUUCUCUGCAUUCCUGGGGCCCAGCCAUGGCUGGAGAUUCCAGGAUCUUCAUGAACCAGGACAUGGACAUCGGGGUGACCUCCAGGGAGCCCAAGAAGAUUCCCAAGCAGGCUCGGGACGAUGUCCCCAUCGCCACCGACCGGACGCGCCUCAUCUCGGCCGAGGGGAAGAAGCCCCGGCAGCGGUACAUGGAGAAGAGCGGCAAGUGCAACGUCCACCACGGCAACGUGCAGGAGACCUACCGCUACCUCAGCGACCUCUUCACCACACUCGUGGACCUCAAGUGGCGUUUCAACCUCCUGGUCUUCACCAUGGUCUACACCAUCACCUGGUUGUUCUUUGGGUUCAUAUGGUGGCUCAUUGCCUACAUCCGGGGAGACCUGGACCACCUGGAAGAUGAGAACUGGAUCCCCUGCGUGGAAAACCUCAGCGGGUUUGUGUCCGCGUUUCUGUUCUCCAUCGAGACGGAGACGACGAUCGGUUACGGCUACAGGGUGAUCACGGAGAAGUGCCCCGAGGGCAUCGUGCUGCUCCUCAUCCAGGCCAUCCUGGGCUCCAUUGUCAACGCCUUCAUGGUGGGCUGCAUGUUCGUCAAGAUCAGCCAACCAAAGAAAAGGGCUGAAACCCUCAUGUUUUCCAACAACGCCGUGAUCUCCAUGAGGGACGAGAAGCUCUGUCUCAUGUUCCGGGUUGGAGACCUCCGCAAUUCCCACAUUGUCGAGGCUUCCAUUAGAGCCAAACUGAUUAAGUCCAAACAGACCAAAGAAGGAGAGUUUAUUCCCCUGAACCAAACGGACAUCAACGUGGGAUUUGACACUGGAGACGACAGGUUGUUCCUGGUGUCCCCUCUGAUCAUCUCACACGAAAUCAAUGAGAAAAGCCCCUUCUGGGAGAUGUCUCGUACGCAGCUGGAGAAGGAGGAGUUUGAAAUUGUGGUCAUUCUGGAAGGAAUGGUGGAAGCAACAGGUGGGAUGUUGUGCUCUGAGAUAACCCGUACUGAAAGAUGGGUCCUCCAGCUCCUGUUGUAGUGUUUCACACUCCUUUUGUAAGCCUGGGAUUCAAGCAAAGGAAUCAGUUGU